AUGCGUUUGACCCAGGGCCUCGUCGCCAUCGUCGCGAUUGGCCUGCUUGGUGAUGUCUUGGCAGCCGCCUGCUGCGGCAGAGAUGCCUGCGGCAGGGCUGUCCUGGCUGCGCGCGGCGCCAAGGACUCGUGCUCGUCCAGGCUUGUCGAGACAGUCACAGUAACGCCCACCGCGACUGUUGCCUUGACCAGUACCGCCCGAAGUACUAUCACGUCCGACAUUACGCUCACCCAGGUACAAUCGGACACCGAUCUGGAAACGCUCACCUCGCUGGCUACCUCCGACUUUGUCAGCACCGUGACGGACAUCCAGACCGUGGCGCUCACCUCGACCGUUGUCGCAACUGUCACGGCCACCGCGGACUCCACCGUCACUAUAACCGUCACGCCUGGUGCCCCAAACUCUUCUCAGCCACCAGUCAAGCGCGGUGGCAGUGCCUAUGGCGUCUGUGACGAUACCGCUUAUGUUAGCGCCUGCAGCUGCAUCGGUGUUCGGCCCACGACCGUCACCCAGACGGCCUCGGCCGUCACAGUCACGUCCCUGCAGACCAUUACCCAAAGCCCGGACUUCCAGACCAACACGCAGGUGUUGACGCAGACCAGCUCAGUGACCUUCUUCACCACCAUCACGGUCACCACCAGCAUCACGCAGCUCGCGACCGUCACAAACACCUUUUCAACCGUUGCCAACACGGCCACCUCGCUACAGACAAUCGUCGUGACCCCGACCGCGACCGUCACUGCCAUCGCCCCCCCGCAAUGCACCGGCGGCGGCUUCAAUCUCCUCUUCACACCAUCCGUGGGUGGACGGUAUGGCCUGGGUUACGUCAAUAGCAUUGGCGAGGGCCUCUUCCUCAUGGCCUUCCAAGGCAGUAGCCGCUUCACCGUGGAUGCCAGUGGCCAGAUUACCAACUUCUACGCCAACGACUUCCAGCCGGUCGUCAUCUACUCGUCCGCACACCCGGCCUAUUUCGAGCCCGCCUUCAAGUCUGUUCAACAAGGCUACAGCUACGCCGGGCAGCAGAUAUCCCCAGUCAACUGCGCCCUCGGCCCAGCUCCCGCUUACAACUUGCAAUGCACUGUGGAAGGGGUCAACGGAGGCCAGCCGCUCGUCGCCGCCAUAUGCCGAAAUGGCCGCUUCUACCUACACCUGCCUGGGGCGGCUGCUCCGACCGACAUGUCUUGCACAGAUAUCUCCGUCGCGGCCUCUUGUCCACAAACUUGA